AUGGAUCACCUCAUUCUUCCUCGAACAAUUUCCCCCAAACCGCUCAAGGUGCCUGCCUUAUCUUCGAUCAACUAUGAUGGUGGAGAUUUCGACGGCUACCCUGAACGUCAAGGCUGGGGCACCCGAACAGUCGCUGAAUGGCAAGCCAUCUUUGAGAACCCCCCGCGUGAGUUCAACGCGUUCCUGCAACGAUGGCUUUACUUUGGUCUUAUGCAUUUCUUCAUUGGGCCGUUCGACAUCUCGACCUUUGUUGUAGACGACACCGACAAUCCUGGAAUGAUGAUCUUGUCAACAAAGCCUUUGAAGGACUUCAUCGAACGCAACCUAAGGCAAAGAAAACAGGUAAAUGGUCUGUUUGGGGCCAUUCGUGGGUGCGGAGAUGUGCUUUUUGCGCUUGACGGCACUUGGAAGCGAAAGAGGACAGGUAAUCAGACGCUCCAGCAACCAGAACGUCUCCGAGCAUUCCUCCUGUUGGAACAACCUUCGGAUCCUCAACACCAGCGAGUGACAUUAUCAGAGAGCCUCCUGUGGGAGAUGGCAGUGUCUUACCCCCAGAGCUUUGGGCAAGAGGUUUAUAGAAUGAUUCCAUCCUUCCCGCAGCAUUCGAUUCGGACGCUUCUUUGCCUGGCUGGCUGGUGCCCAUCCGACAUAAUGCCCAUGAUGCAAGAGUUUACCACAGCAGGAUGUUUGUUUAUGAUGAAUUUGGAGCGACCAUCCCCAACGCAAGUGCAUGUGGCGAAGAAUGGUCCAGUGGGAAGCCCCAGCUGCACACAGACCUACUGUCGCUUUCGGAACUUGUCUGGAAAUACCUACACUACGAAACACAAGCACGAAUGCCAGGGCUGCCCGGAUCUUGUGGUAGAGCUUAGUAUCCUUGCUCCGGUCCUAUUAAGCGAUCGUAUCCCGCUCAUCCAUCUUCAGUCUCGUCAUGGUAGCGACCGUUUGUCCAUCAUGCCAGAAACACCGGGCACGCCAUAUAUUGCCAUCUCCCACGUUUGGUCUGAUGGGCUCGGAAAUCUCCAGAGGAAUGCUCUACCCUCCUGCCAGUUCACCCUCCUGCGCAAUCUGAUCCACUCCCUACCUACCGAGCUCUCCCAAACUCAAUAUGUCUGGGUUGAUACCCUUUGCGUUCCCCCUGAUGCGGUCAACCACGAAAGAGCUCAGGCAGCUGCACUGAGACAGAUGCGCCAUGUGUAUGAGGGAGCUAGUGCAGUUCUGGUUCUUGACUCUUGGCUGCUUUCAUGUGACAGUUCAGGCAUGUCGAAGGUUGAAGUUCUCAUGCGGAUUUUCAACUCAGUCUGGAACCGACGUCUUUGGACCUACCAGGAAGGGGCGCUUGCCAGGCUCCUGUUUUUCCAAUUCAAUGACAAAGCCCACGAGCUUGACUCGUAUUAUCAGCUGUUUCUGGAAACCCGUGAUGUUCUGCUUGACCUCACAUUAAAGAACUCCCUGAAGAUAAGAUAUCAGAGUCUUCGUGGCUUCAAACAGAGCGACACGGAUUUCUCUGGUGAGAUCAGCUCUGUGAUCUCUGCAUUGAGAUUUCGGACUACGAGCGUGGCCAGUGAUGAAGCCCUGUGCAUAGCAACCCUCCUCAACCUGGAUAUGGGGCGGAUCGUUCAAAGUCGCCCGAAUGAGCGAAUGGAGGUUCUCUGGAGUAUAAUACCAACCAUUCCGAGUGAAAUAUUAUGUUACCGAGGAGAGACUCUGACACGUCCGGGACUUCGGUGGGCACCAAAAUCUUUCUUAUUAUCUUCGUCAAAUGUGAACCCCCCGAAUAACCAUUAUAUACCUGCCAUAGCCACAGCGGACGUGUCAAGUCCACCUUUGGCCCAAAUCACUCCCGCUGGGCUUAUAGCAAAGCUCCAUGGUAUAGUCAUGGACAUCGGAAUGGGACGCUUAGGCAUGUCAUUUAUGAUGAAAGACAAUCUGCGAGAGCAUCACCUCCUUUUUGUUUUCGCCGGCAAUAGUCAGCAUGCCGAAAUGGCCAGUGAUGGAUUCCGGGACAAUCAGGAAGAAAUCCCUAGCAUCCAGCCACAUACCAUCUACGGAACUGGGAAGAUUGCCUUUCUAGUUGUUAUGCACCCGGGUACCGAGAACCUGACACAUCGGCGUGUGGGUAUCCUAGCAGCAAUUACCCAUGAGGACGGUGAUGUUGUUCGCGCUAGAAAAAUAUGCGGAGCUAUUGGCGAGCUGCAGAAGCCUUCAACAAGAGUGGUUAAUACCGCGCUUCUAGACCGCUUGUAUCCUGACCAAGUGAUCUCUGAGAGAUUCGAGGGCCCUCCCGGUCUCGGCACGAACAACUUUGUCGUGCGAACAGCCUUUGGCCAAAGAAGAGCUUCGCAGCUUUGGUGUAUCGACUAG